AUGUCGGAUCUGAUGGAUCAAAAGGUUUUCGACAAAGCAACCGCAGAUGAUGUUGCUCUCGAGCAGCUUGGCUACCAACAAGGUUUGUGUUGCUCAAAUAUUGCAGCUAUACCACAGCUUCUGACUCCAAUCCAGNAGCUCAAGCGAACAUUCAACCUGGUCAGCAUGAUCGGAUUUUGCUUCUCGAUUGUCUCCAGCUGGACAGCAUUAUCCGGCGUACUCAUAAUUGGAGCUGAAAGUGGUGGACCUCCAGUCAUGAUCUGGUCAUGGGUUGGGGUCUGUGUCUUUACCAUGGCUGUCGCUCUGUCUAUGGCCGAGAUGUGCUCAGCUUAUCCUCUGGCUGGUGGCCAGUACUCAUGGGCUGCCAUCUUAGCACCACGGAGCUGGUCUAAAAGCCUGUCUUAUGUCUGUGGGUGGUUCAUGUGUAUUGGCAUCAUUGCGAUGGGUGCUGUGGUCAACUUUAUCGCUUCCGGAUUCAUCCUUGCCAUGGCUGUCCUUAACAACCCGGAGUAUGAGAUCACCCGCUGGCAUUCGACGUUGGUCGCCUAUGCGAUUGCCAUCGCUGCCCUCUCUCUCAAUAUCUUGUGUCCGCAAAUGCUGCACAGGAUGAGCAACUUCUUCCUCAUCUGGAACAUGGGGUCCUUUCUCAUUAUAUUCAUCACCAUUCUCGCCACAAACGACCACAAGCAGACUCCUAGCUUUGUAUUCUCGGAGUUUCAAAACUUCACUGGUUUCAACAAGCCGUACGCUGCCAUCCUGGGUCUACUACAGUCGGCCUUUGGCAUGUGCUGCUAUGACGCACCUUCACACAUGACAGAAGAGAUCAAUGACGCCAGAAAAGUUGCUCCCAAAGCAAUCGUUCUUUCUGUCUCACUUGGUGCCGUCACUGGAUUUGCCUUCUUGAUCGCGGCAUGCUUUUGCAUGGGUUCAAUUGACGGUGUGGCCGAGAGCGCCACAGGCGACCCAAUUGUCCAAAUUUUCUACGACUCAACGCAGUCCGUCGCUGGUGCUUCAUGUCUGACCUUUCUGAUGGUCAUGAUACAAUUCUUCUCAGCAAUCUCGCUACUUGCGGAAGGCGGUCGUGCAGUGGUAAGUACACUGUCUUCUGUGACCAAACCUCAUUGGGCUGAUUAUCGUCUAGNNUAUGCAUUCGCCAGAGACCGCGGACUCCCCUUCUCCAACGUACUCAGCAAAGUGCACCCAAAGAAGCAAGUCCCAGUCUACGGCAUUCUUCUCACCUUUGUAGUGCAGAUCGCUCUGAACUCAAUCUACUUUGGGACCGUGACGGGUUUCAACACUGUCGUAUCGAUCGCGACCGAAGGCUUCUACGUCUCCUACGCCAUCCCAAUCUUCCUCCGCGUCAUCGCUCCACUCACAAACUCGCAAGCAGCGACCAAGUUCGAAGGCCAAUGGAAUCUCGGCCGCUGGAGUAUGCCAAUCAACAUCAUGGCAUUGGUAUAUCUACUCUUCACAUCCAUAACAUUCAAUUUUCCAACUCUCAAGCCAGUCGACUCGGAGAACAUGAACUAUACUUCCGCAGCUGUGGGCGUAGUCAUGGUCGUCGCAGCGAUCACGUGGUUCACGACAGCAAAAGGUCAAUUCAGAAGCCCUGGUGUCAGUGAAGAGAUUGUUAUCACUAGUGCGCCGCACACAGAAGUUGAGGAAGAAGCUGAAGUUGUGGACAAUGAGAAGACUGGAAGAGCCGUGUAUUGA